GCGCAGACGGUCCCUCGUCGGUGGACCAGGUGAGGGGCGUCCAGCCGACGGCCCGGCAGGAGCGUUCUGUCCAUCGGUUACGGUGCAGCAGAGGGUGAAGAGAGACAAGACGACGACCUCUGCCUCCUAUUCUCGCCUCCAUUAGCUUAGCUUGGUCUCUCUAUAACUCGCGCACCUUUCUCUUUGGGCUCCUUCCUUUCUUCGCGUGCUCUGCAGCGCGCAAGAAUCAAAAGGCGCCACUGCCGAGCGAGCGUGGCGCCGUAAGCAAGCCGCGGCGACACCAAAAGAGAGAGCGAGAGACAAGAAUUAAAGCGAGCAGCCGGGCUGGUCUUGGCGCAAUCCUUGCGAAUCCUCGCGAGAUCCUGUUUUUGUUUCCCCUCUCGUCGCCUUUCCGCGUAGGGGAGGGAUUCCGCCGAGAAUUUGUUGACCGGCAUGGAGGAGGCCGAGGAGAUGCAGGUGGAGCGGGUGCACGAGGACGCGGAGCACGGGGGCGCCGACGCCGACAAGCUCAACUACGAGAUUUUCUCCAUCCUCGAGAGCAAGUUCCUCUUCGGCUACACGGACCCGCACCAGCUCUGGCUGCCCAAGCCGCCGCCGCCGGAGCAGGCGUCGGCGGCCAUGGCGGUCCCUGGGAAGGCGGCGCAGCGGGGGAAGGUGUGCGUGCUCUGCGUCGAUGGCGGCGGCGGCGGGCUGAGGGCGCUGCUCGCCGGCCGCGCGCUCGCGCACCUCGAGGCCGCGCUCCAGCGCGCGUCCGGGAGCCUCGACGCGCGCGUCGCCGACUUCUUCGACCUCGCCGCUGGCACGGGCGCGGGCGGCGUCUUCGCCGCGAUGCUCUUCUCGACCCACUCGCGCGGCGCCCCGCUGUUCCGCGCCGAGGACACCUGGCGCCUGGUGGCGGACCACGCGCCCAGGCUCUUCCGCAGGCCCGCCGGGUCCACCUCCCUCUUCUGCCGCGCCAAGAAGCGCCCGCUGGCCGCGCCCACGGCGGCGCUGAGCGCGGCCAUGAAGGCUGCGUUCGGCGAGGAGCUCACCCUGCGGGACACCAUCAAGCCCGUGCUCAUCUCCUGCUAUGACCUGAAGUCGUCCGCGCCGCUCUUGUUCUCGCGCGCCGACGCCCUGGAGAGCGGGAGCUACGACUUCCGCCUCUCCGACGUCGGCCGCGCGGCCUGGUCGGAGCCCGGCCGCUUCGAGCCGGCCGAGGUGGCGUCGGUGGACGGCGUGACCUCCUGCGCCGCGGUGGACGGCGGGCCGACCAUGGGCAGCCCGGCCGCCGCCGCCAUCACGCACGUGCUGCACAACAAGCACGAGUUCCCGUUCGUGCGCGGCGUCGAGGACCUCCUCGUUCUCUCCAUCGGCGGCUGCUCCGGCGCGGGCGGCUCCGGGGCCACCGCGGACGCCGACAUCAUGCGCAUGCGCCGGUGGGGCCCCAAGGAGUGGGCCCGCCCCAUCGCCCGCAUCGCGGCCGAUGGCGCCGCCGACCUCGUGGACCACGCCGUUGCACGCGCCUUCGGGCAAUGCCACUCGUCCAAUUACCUGCGCAUUCAGGCGAAGCGGGAGAGCAUGCCGCCGUGCGGGCCGGACGGGGAGUACGACCCGACGCAGGCGAACGUGCAGGCGCUGCUCGCGGCGGCGGACGAGACGAUGAAGCAGCGCAACGUGGAGUCGGUGCUCUUCGAGGGGAGGCGGAUCGGGGAGCAGACCAACGCGGAGAAGCUGGAGUGGUUCGCCGCCGAGCUCGUCGCCGAGCACCGCGGCAGGGGCUCCCGGAUCGCGCCCACCGUCGCGUUCAAGCAGUCGCCGGCGCUGGGCUGAGCUACGCUGGCGGCCGUGCACUGCCGUGCCGUGGAGCAAGGGUCGACGACAUGUUGUAGGCCUCUCCUCGCUUCUCCGUAGCUUUGGACGGAAUUCUGCUGCACUUUUUACGUGGCAGUGUCAGUGUGGCAUGGCUUGGCUCCCUGAAGCAUUUGCCAUUGGGGAACUCGAAGGGUAAAAUAUUGGAAGGAACAUCCGCGAUAUACUCCAGAUUCUUAGCUUUCAUUUCGACUUAGGAUAUAUAUGUAGCUGCCUCCCGAAUGCAGAAUUAUGCCCCGGCUGAUGUGGGCGUUUGAGUUGCGAUAUAAUCCGCUGAAAAGCAGUGGAUACAGCAGCUGCGGUACUGCAAGCAUGGGCCUCCUCCGAACAUAAAUAAAUUCUCCAGAGUUCGUCUAA